GCCUAUUGUAUUCCCGGGGAAGGGAGACAAGUUUUUGCAGAUCGACAGAAAUAAAAACAUUUCAGUUGAGUUCGCGGUUGUGAAUAGACAGCGCCAACAUGAAGAAGGCGACUUCCAAGUCUUCUAUCUCGUCUGACCUCUGGAAAGACGUCGCAGACCUCAAAAAAGCCGUCAAGACGAGCGAGAAAAGGGUAGUCUUCAUCACCGGAUGCGACACCGGUUUUGGACACGAGCUUGUAAAACGUCUGGACUCGGAAGGCUUCCAAGUAAUCGCAGGAUGCCUGAACGUGUCGUGCGAGGGCGCCACAAUGCUCCGGGAGUUCUGUUCCCCUUCACUCCGGAUACUGAGGCUGGAUGUGACCCGUGAAGACCACAUUCGACAGGCAGCCAAGUCGAUCCAAGACGAGCUGGGAUCCCGACCUCUGUGGGCAGUGGUUGCCAACGCUGGUCUGAUGUCUGCUGGCGAACUGGAGUGGGGGAGCACCGAGUGCGUGCGCCAUUUAUUCGACGUCAACGUGUUCGGCGUCGUUAACGUCGUCAAGAUGGCGCUGCCGAUGUUACGACGAGCCCCAACAUCGGAUGACGCGCAGCCCAGGGUUGUCAUCGUAGCCAGCGUGGCCGGACGUGUGACUUAUCCUGGCCUGGCCUACUACAGCAUGUCAAAGCACGCCGCCAUCUCCUUCGCAGAUGGACUUCGACGUGAAAUGCGAAAGUGGCGUAUCAAGGUGUGCACCAUAGAACCCGUGCUCUACAAAACCCGCAUGUCCCAAGCCGACUACAUCCAGUACACCCUGGACCAAUCCUGGCAGGGAGCACCGGAGACAACGCGCGAGGCGUACGGCAAGGCAUACUUUGAGACGUUCCGUGACCGAUGUCUCGAAUUCCUGGAACGUCGCUCAAGAUGUGACGUCCACGAAGUGGUCGAUUGCAUGGUGAACGCCGUGACAGCCAUUAGACCCAAGCCCAAGUAUUUCUGUGGAGGCCCCGGAGACAGAUUCCGCUACUUCUUGCUGAGGAAGGUACUGUCCACCAGAGCUGUGGACCGGCUGUUGUGUUCCAUAAACCAGGGCGUUAUCAGGCAGAAGUCUGUGUCAGAUGACGACGAACCGGAGGCCCACUGAUCGAUUGGGUGCCUCUGUUGUACAGAUAUGUUCAUUGUACAGUCAUAUGGAUCGUGCUCGCGAUAUAACGCUACAGGAUCGGGUAUUACAUGUCACGUUAUUCUCGUCAUUACGAAAUGUUAAAAAAAAGCAGAUUUCAGGCUGUGACAUGACUCAAGUGCAGGUCCAGCGAUGGGGGGGGGGGGGGGGGGGUAAGGCGACCGCCUUAAGCCCCGCGCACGAAGCCCUCAACCAGGGAUUACUUGUUUUUACAUAUCAAUUAUGCACUUAAUCGUGUGAAACAGGCCCCGCGAUGUGCCUUUGCCUCAGGCCCUGCACACCCCUAGCACCGGCCCUGCUCAAGUGUUUUGCACAAACUAACAUGUUUCUUGAAUAACACGAACUUUACCAGUGCCGGGCUACAACAUUCCACGUAACUGUAUUGCCCUUCUUAUCACUGCGAAGCUCAUGUGGCAUAAUUGUGUUGUUAGGCGAACUGGUGUGCAGAUGAUGACCACGGUGGGAUUUUAAGAUGUGACUUUAGAUGAAGAAUAUAUUUACUGUGGUUCUUUCGGGGUCGUUGGUGAGACUUGUUCAUGGUUGAACAUUGCAUCGAGAAGUAGGACGAACGCAGUAGACAGGACAAGCACUUCGGUGAGCAUGGCUUCCAUAGCGCAAAGAACUUCAACAAGGACACAACAAGAUAGAGGCUAGCACACCGCUGAGCUAGCAACUCUCUGAACCUGAAAGAAACUUGUCUCCCUAUCCUGUUGUGUCCUUGUUCAAGCUAUUUGCGCCGUGAGAGCCAUACUAUGUCGGUACCAACUAUACCGUCUAUCUGUUCUAGUUCACUUCGGUGAGUCUGUAUCCCGUCUGCUGGGAGGAGUGCAUUCCUGUUUGCUGUUUGCUGCGUGAGAAACAGGACGACCACAGCAGACAGAACGAGCGCUUCGAUGGGUGUGUGUGUCUUGUCUGUUGUGUUCAUCCUGUUUCUCGAUUUACUCUUCAGUCACUACCUUUAUUAAAAUGUUCGAAUAGUGCAGAAUUCAUUCAACGUUAAAAUACAUACAGAAGUCCCGGAGCUUUGUGCCGCAAAACUUUCACUUCUUGAAGCAUAUUGAUCUUGUGCACCCAUAAAAGGCACAAACGGCAAUUUAUAGACACCAGUGACAGCUUUACAAGACCUGUGGCGGUACUUCCAAACCGCUUCUUAAUGCAAUAUACGUGUGCAAUAACAAGUACUGUCCUACGCUGGAACAGACAUCUGUUCUCUCUACUUAAAACGGUCGGGUACAAGCCUUGUCGAACUUCCAUGCGAGUCUUACUUUCCUUUUUUACACCAUUCGAAACGUCAUUUCAACUCUCUUCACGUACCUGAAUUAUUUCUCGUAUACUUUUAUGCGUUGAACGCUAUACGUAAAAGAGUCGCUUGUGUGCUUUCCUUGAGCUUUUGUGUCGUUGUAUAGGUGUCAUAUGUUCCAGUGUUUUGCAUGUAUCAUAAAUGGAAAAUAAAGCACUGCGUAUCUAAGCUAA